GUGGAAUUCCAAACGGACCUGGUUCAUCACUACAAAAUAGAUAUCCGAGCGCUUGUCGAAGAAAUAACAGGGCGCUGGAGUAUCGUUAAGGAAUUCUGGGACCUAUUCAACAAAACGGAUCUGCUGGCUUUGUUGCAGGAUGACGAGAAGCUUUAUGAGUAUACUGCGGGACAAAGAAGUAAUUUCGAAAACCUCAUAAAGCAGACAUUCCUUGACUUCACAAUAGAAAAUUGUGACGACCUCAAAAAUAAUAUCUCGUCUUACAUCGACGAGUUCGACAACAUUGGUGUCUGCAGCAAUAUUGUGGACAUCUUUACGGACGGAUUUAAUAUUAUCUGCAACGGAAUGAUUGACUUUGUCAACGGUUACUGGCUUUCUAUUAUGAUCCUCGUUGGCAUCUACGUGUACGGAAUUUAUAUAUCACUGACCGCUUCCAAGUAUCUCUACACCAUGGAGAGCUACACUUACGAAGGUGAACCUGUACCUCCCGACCAAAUCCACAAGAGGCAAAGAGCACGCAAGAAGGGCAUUGCGGCUGCAGUAAUCGUCAACGAAGACGAGCGCCUCCGAAGCGAGGAUGCAGAACGACUGCGGCAGAUACGCCUACGAAAGGCAAUGAUGGCGCCUGACACUCAACUGAAAUAUCUUGUGCCAUUAACGCCGACGGUGAAGACGUCACCGACCACCAAAGCGACUUAAGAGCCAUUUGUGGAACUUCAUACUGACAUGUGACUUUCAAGCGGCGUGUUCUGUGUCUUGGGAACAAUAGCUAUUGGUAAAGAGAUAAUGUCACUAGUGUAAUGUGCCGAACUACUUGUGACUAGUAUUAAAAGGGACUACAUUCCGUGCUCGUA